CGCCGACGAUACCCCAUACCCUCCGUACCCCAUACUCGAUACUCGAUACCCAUACCCAUACCCAUACCCAGUAGGUACUUGGCGUGAUUCACAGUUAAGCCGCAUAAUCGUUUUACUCGUGCGCGCACUGAUCGAUUCCACUUCGUCGACUCGCCGACGCUCCACUACCACCACUACCAUCAUCACGACCACCACCAUCAGCUCCACACCACCAUCGCCGCCGCCGCCGCUGCCACCGCCGCCGCCUGAUAAGGUUCAGACGCACAUCCGACCAGCCGUCAGUUGGCUUAAAAGCGUGCAAGGCGGAGCAUCGCGUAAACGGAACAUCGGAACAGCCGAUCAGACUCCGUGGCCAAAUACCGAUACCGAUUAGCCAAGAAGGCAAAAAGCCCAUGCUGAUUGACCAAUUCGGCUUGCAUCCGUAGUCUGGACUGAUUCCACUGCUAAGCAUCACAGGAACAACAAACAUAGGCGACAACAAAAUGGCAAUCAUACUGCAAGAAGUCCAGGAAUGGUACCGGGACCUCAUGGACAACAAGAGUGAUCCCCGCGUCAAUGACUUCUUUCUGCUAUCCUCGCCACUGCCGACACUCUGCAUGUGCUUAUUCUAUGCCUACUUCAGUAAAUCUCUGGGACCAAGGCUGAUGGCCAAACGGAAGCCCAUGGAGCUGCGUUCGGUGUUAGUCGUUUACAAUGCGAUACAGACCAUCUUUAGUGCGUGGAUCUUCUACGAGUACUUAAUGAGCGGAUGGUGGGGCCACUACAGCUUCAAGUGCCAGCCCGUCGACUACAGCACCAGUGGCCUGGCCAUGCGGAUGGUCAACAUUUGCUGGUGGUACUACAUAUCAAAGUUCACCGAGUUCUUCGACACGCUCUUCUUCAUUCUGCGAAAGAAGAACGAGCACGUCUCCACACUUCACGUCAUUCAUCACGGCUGCAUGCCCUUUUCGGUCUGGAUGGGUCUUAAGUUUGCACCAGGCGGUCACAGCACGUUCUUUGCCCUCCUCAACUCGUUCGUGCACAUUGUAAUGUACUUCUACUACAUGAUCGCCGCCAUGGGUCCGAAGUACCAGAAGUAUAUCUGGUGGAAGAAGUACCUGACCACCUUCCAAAUGGUUCAAUUCGUGGCCAUCUUCACGCACCAGUUCCAGCUGCUGUUCCGCGACUGUGAUUACCCCAAGGGCUUCAUGGUCUGGAUUGGGCUGCACGGCGUCAUGUUCCUGUUCCUGUUCUCCGACUUCUACAAAGCCAAAUAUCUCAAUGCCGCCCGACGUCGCCGGCAGGCCGUCAAGGCCAAGGCCAAUGGCAAUGGCAAUGGCAAUGGCCAUGCCAACGGCGCGCUCUCCAACGGACUCUCCAAGCACUUUGGCGAGGGUGAUGCCCUGGUCACCAACGGCAGCAAUACGGGCGCCUGCAUGCCUGUAAUGGAGGACGAGUACGUCAAGAGCAACGGGCAUGUCAACGGGGCCUACAAGGAUGGCUUUUUAUCGAACAACGAUGCCAUCUUCAAUUCGGACAGCAGUAGUUCUAGUCUGCACCAGCGCAAAGUCAAAUAACUACUGAUUAGGUGUACUACGAUGAUAUUCAUUAUGAUUAUGUUAAGUGUUUAGCGUGUAACUGAACCAGAUUGAAGAACAAGACACAAACAAGAAACUCGGCAGAAGUGGCAGAUGCAGUAUGACAAUUGGCACCACCAUAGCAAGGCAAAAUCAGCAGCACUCCGUUAAUCAACUGUUUCACAUCAUUUAUAUAUAUUUUAAAUACGGAUAAUACAUAAAUUCAGUUAUGUCGAAAGUCAUUCGGUUAAGCCGAAUCUUACCGAACAAAGGCCACCUAUGCCCACCCACCCAACCACUCGAACCGUCGUCAACUUUAAAAACUAAGUAGGAAACGCAGCGGCAGCACAAAACUAAGAUUUAAUCAAAGCCCUUUUAUGGGCAUUUUCUAUGGCACCGGUUUACAAGUCCAAGUCCCUUUUGAAAUAACAAACAACAAACAACAAAACAGAUACAAUCACUCGGGCACAGAUACAUUUACAGAUACAGAUACAAAGGAAGUUAUUUUUUGAAUGAUAUUUGUAUAGCCAUUGGAGCGGAGCGCGUUCUUAAACAAGCGUCAGAUACCAUUUACCAUUUUUAGUGUAGCUUACUGCAUACAAACACCUGCAAGAACAUACAUACAUACAUACAUACAUACUCACUCUAGUUGUAGACUUUUUUAUGGCAAUUUUUGAUAUCAAAUUGAGACGUUAUGAUAAACGAUAGCUGAACACGCUCUCUUAAGUCUGCUUUAAACUUAAAGAACUCGUUAUACUAUUUGUAGCUUGUUUUUGUACAUUGAGUGGAACAAAGGCAUGUUUGUUGCAAUACUUUGUAAAGGUCUAAUAGUAAAACUAAUUUAUAUAUUGUAGCUAGCUAGCCAAUUGCAAAAUGUAACACGACCCAGACCUCCCUCGCCCCACAGGGCACUAAAGCAACAACUGGACGGACGACAGGACGGAUCGACCUCAUAUAUAGUCAGGCAACACAGAUCAGAUCGACAAAGAACACAUGGAGAUAAAGCUUUUAUACUGUAAGUGCAAGACGGCUUAAGGAGCAGACAAUCAGUUUAGGCGUUGAUUGCCAACCUAGCAGAUGAAUUGGAUUGGUGUGUGAGUCCGAGCAAAAGUUGUCAACUAUCAACUUAUCAACUAUCGAACAUAUUUCAUUGAACCUCGUUUUGGUGUGUGGCUCAUACGUUACUUUAUUACUACUUAUACAAUACCCCUGUUCCCACAUUUGGUUUGAAGUUGUUAAACGGUUUUAUUUCAGAGAAGUAAGAAGUAUUUGCGACGAAUUGUUUGUAAGUGUAAUUCUGUCUGUUAACCUGUGCGUAUUGGUUUCAUUGUUAAGUUAUGUGGUUUAAGCUGACAAGUUCAAAAACUAUGGAAAACCUGAAUAAAGCUUAUUAAUUUAUAUUUAAAA